CCGCCGGGUGGCAGUCGGGCCGUGUGUGUGUGCGCGAGUGUUUGUUAGUGUGUGAGUGUGUGUGUGAGUGAGUGUCAGUGCAACGAAGGCGAAAUGCGACCCAGUCUGACAGUUGUCGUCCUUUUGGGCGUGGCCCUGGCCGUCCAGUGCGCCCCGGCCGGUGACGCCAGUGACGAGUACGCCGAAUACGAAGAGGAGCAGGAGGCCGCCGCCCCCGCCGGGGCCAAGCCCGCCGCACCAGCCCGCCACGCCGCGCUGCCGGCCGCCUCCCGGGGCAGGGCGCCCAACCCGCUCGCCCCCAGGCCGCCCCCGGCAGCCGCCAAGGCCGCGGCCCCCGCCAAGGCUGCCGCUGCCCAGCCGCAGCCACCACAACCCGCUCCUGCCGAGGAGGCCGCAGAGGGUGACUACGCCGAAGAGGAGGGCGCUGAGGGCGGCGAGGGCGGCGACGCUUCCUCCACGACCACCGAGGCCACCAAGGGCAAGCGCGUCGGGAACGGCGUGCUGCGCCCCUUCCGCUCCAACCAGGACCUGAUCGCCGCCCUGAAGAGGCGCCGUCAGCUCGCCGCCGACGGCAAGGGCCCCAUCAUCGCGCUGCACACCACCUCCACCACCACCCCCCGCCCGGAACCAGUGAUCGUAGCCAAGAAGCCAUCUAACGGUCGCGCCCAGGCCAGCUCCAACCCCUACUCGGUCAGCAACAACAACAGCAAGCGCAAGUUCAGCGGGUCCGAGUCGGGCAGCGCGGCGAGCUCGCCCAACACGACGCCCCGCCCGCCCGCGCCCUCCGCCCGCAAGCAGUUCGGAGGCUCCCCGCCCGCGCUCAGGCCCCAGAAGAGCGCCACGGCCGCCGCCACCACCGCGGCACCCGCCAGCGACGCGGCCGACGGCGCCAGCGACAGAGCGCGCGCAUCUUUUGGCAGGAGUCGACGGCUGUGAAAGCAGCGAGUGACUGAUGACUGAGUUAGAGUGCUGUGCGCCCGAAUGAAUGCGUGACUGAGUGAAUGAAGGCUUGAAUGUUCUUGUGACCGGUGUGUUAACCAUGUCAUGAACUGAAGAUGGAACCUCGCGUUCGCGUCACAGUGAAUCGACCUUCAGCUGAGCCCCAUCCCGCCCCAAGCCCCGGGCCGGGACGGCUCGGCUAGUCCAGUCUGCACACGGCUGCGCUGCGGCUGGCGCGCCGGCUGGCCUCGAUUCACUCCCCCCACUCCUCCCCCUUCUCUUCUCUGCCUCCCCUUUCUCCAUCCGCCGCGCUACGCGACGCCACUUUUACGCGAACUUUGCGCGAACUUUGCGCUCGAACAUCGCGUAAUUCAGUCGUCGAUCGUGCGCGACGUGACGGAGCCGGCGGAGCCCCUGCUGGCCCCGAAGGUGAACAUCACCAUACUGCACCCCGCCCCGGCCCGGCUGGGCCCUGGGGACGGCACGAACCCUUACGCGACGAAUCGCCGCCGAGGGACGGCACGGCUCAGCGCGCGCCCUCCGUUUUGCCUUUCUGUUAUGUGUUCGCUUACUGUUUAUAGCUGGGUAGGAGAAAGAGAAAUAUCCGCAUGGUGAGGCUGUGUUUGCUUUUUUUUUCUCUAUCGUCUAUGGAGCCUUUCCGCUCCAACGACGAUUUGCCACUGCCAGUAGUGAGGCCUUCCGUAUGGGGAUCAGCGCGUCUGUAACGACUUGACUACCACUUCUGAUGUAUCCGAUACGUCGGUGUAUAAAUGUAAAUAAUUUUAAUGAUGUUGAAAAUAUGUGUUGGAUGAAAAAAAUGGGAUUACAUCGA